CAAACAAGCAGUUAGGGUCACAACCCUCAUGCUAACACUUUAUGCUAGGACAAGCUAAUUUGUCGAGUGUUUCAGUGUUGGGCUGUCUCUCUUCUGAGUUUUCUUUCGGCACCUACGUGUAGAAAGUAAUUGUUUUAAAUUCUUACGGGGAUAUUUUCACUAAUAUCAUUAUGUCGUCGGUGACGUGGUGCCGCUCGGCCUCAAACAGAACUCAUUUCAGCUUUCAAAGCGUCGGCAUGUCAUGAUCGACCGGGAGGAAGAGGACGUUUUUCUGCGAUUUGGUUCAAGAUGAGCAGCAAAAGAGAGAGGGAUCAGAAGAGGAAGUUGCAGCAUUUUCUUAAUGACCUGGCUCUUCUUGGAUCAUUGCAGGGCUUUAAAUACUUCCAGCCUUGGCUAAGAGGGAAGGAGGAGUUGCUGCUGACGGUCGUUAAUGAGGAUCUGGGGUGGCGUUCCCCGGGUUUCCUGGUCUCCAGGGCCUCCUCCUGCUCCUCCAGCAGCAGCUGUAACAGCAGCAAUGUCUCCCCCAGCAGCAGCGCCCCCAGCGUGGACAGCGGCGGCAGCUCGCCCCUGCCCGGGGAGUGUCCGCCGCGUCCUCGAGACCACCAGCUGCACGCACACAAGACACAGCCGCAGACUGCCAGGGACCCCGGCACCGAGGAGCACCUCCUCCCAGCCUCUCCCAGCGAAAGAGAGAUAGCAGUGCCCGAGGUGAACUGCACUCUGUUCCUGCUGGCCGGCUACGUCAAGUACGGGAGGCCCCACGCCUGGAUCCGCUCCAACCACGAGCGGCUGGUCAACAUCGGCGGCACCGAUUCGAUGGUCAAGGACACGCCCAUGAAGCUCAAGUCCAUCUCGGACUGGCAGACGCGAGGUAUUCGGGUGUGGGACGUCGUCAGCGAGCUGGUGUGCCUGUGCACCGUUCCCUCUCCCUCCAACCCCUUCGCCCUGGACACACGUUACAUCAAAAGCCUUCCCCUCCCUGACCGUUUCCUCGUCACAGGCGCCCUCCUCAACUUCCUGGAGAUGUAUGUGGUCUACGGGAACCGGGACGAGCUGCACUACGACAAAGUGGUGGAGGAGGUGAAGCCUCUGAGGCGUCUCCACGUACAGUCCCUGCUGGAGUUACAGCGACGCCGGGAGUCCUCCGGGUCGGCCCGCAGUCCAACAGGGCCGAACGCUUCAGGAGAUGAGUGACUGCGAUUUGUUGGCGUCUGAUAUACGUUGUCUACUUGGAGAUGAGACACUUUUGCUGACUUUCUGGGAGGAAAAAAAAAAAGAGAAAGCAAAUCGGUUCCAAUGUGUGAAAUCUGUAUUUCUGUUUUUAUUUUUAUUGUGGUGUGUUUAAUGCCCCAUAUAACCGCAAGUGCAAUGACAUCGGAGUGUGUUUAUCUAACCUGCAGGAACAAAAAUGUCUAAAGAGAGCUCUUGUUGCAGCAUCAUACGUCCCCAUUUGUUUCAGUGCCGUUCAGACUGAGCUGCAUCGCCACUACAGCUCGAAGGCGGUCACAUGUACGAGAGCGUUUGGAAAUGUGAAAACACUGGAGAAGUAACCCUGGUGGGAAGUGAGUCACAUGACUGAGAUUAAACAUCCCAGGACCUCUCUGAAUGUCUUGCCCUGCUACCCCCCGAAAUGUUCAUCCUGCUCUCUCACACACACACACACACACACUUAACAAGAACUUUGUUUUCUUCAGGCCAAAUAUAACCGUUUAAAAAAAGAUGCAAAUCAUUCAUCGGGGGGGGUCAAAGCUGAAGAAGUUAAAGCUGGUUAAAUAUGUUUUCCUCUUGAAAAAGGGACAGAACAUGUUCAAACAAGCAAAGUCUUGUAUAAAAAGUUUUAAUAUUCCAUAAAAUACAUAUUAAAUAUGUACAGCGACAUGAAAACAGUACAUUGAUAAAAAUAUGCCUUAAAGCGGGCGCUUCAACCCCCAUUUUUCUGAGAUCAGGGCUGCGCUGCUUUUUGUAAUUGAAAAGAUACACCAUGAGUACAAAAUGUUCAAAAUGAAACAGAUUAAAA